AUGGCCACUGCCCCGAAAGAGGCAGAAAAUGCUAUUGGCUUGGAGGAAAUCCACGCGGAGAGACAAGAACCCCCAAAAGGGCAGAAGACAUUUACGGUGGAAGAAGCUGUGGAAACCAUUGGGUUUGGGAGAUUCCACAUUACGCGCUUCCUGAUCAUGGGCAGCACUGGGGUGGCCGAAGCCAUGGAGAUCAUGCUAAUAGCUGUUGUGUCCCCUCUCAUCCGAUGCGAGUGGCAGCUUCAAGAUUGGCAGGUGGCUUUAGUGACAACGAUGGUGUUUUUUGGCUACAUGGUCUUCAGCAUAGUGCUCGGGCUCCUGGCCGACAGGUAUGGCCGCUGGAAGAUUCUGCUGCUCUCGUUCCUCUGGGCAGCCUAUUUCUCCCUGCUGACCUCAUUUGCCCCAUCCUACAUCUGGUUCGUGUUCCUGCGGGCCAUGGUAGGAGGUGGCGUGUCGGGCCACGCACAAGGGCUUAUCAUAAAAACGGAGUUUUUGCCCACCAAAUACAGAGGAUACAUGUUGCCCUUAUCUCAGGUGUUUUGGUUGGCAGGAUCCUUGUUAAUCAUUGGCCUGGCAUCGGUGGUGAACCCAACCAUCGGCUGGCGGUGGCUGAUCAGAAUCGCCUCCAUCCCCGGCAUCCUUCUCAUCCUGGUGUUCAAGUUCAUCCCGGAGUCGGCGCGGUACAACGUGUCCACGGGAAACAUGGCAGCUGCCCUGGCCACGCUGCAGAGGAUAGCCAAGAUGAACGGGGCGGCGAUGCCCGAGGGGGUGCUGAAGGAGCCCGCCAAGGAAAGGAGAGGAAGAUUCAAGGACCUCAUGCACCCCAAAUACCUCAGAACCACUUUACAGAUAUGGAUCAUAUGGCUUGGCAUAGCUUUUGCUUAUUACGGCGUCAUCUUGGCCAGCGCUGAGUUACUGGAGCGGGACCUCGUCUGUGGCUCUGCGGCACCAACGGCGCAGGACCCUGGCGAUGACUCCGAGGAGAGCCGCAGCCCCUGCCACUGCCACUUGUUCGGGCCAGCUGCCUACCAGACCAUGAUCAUCAGCACAGUCGGAGAGAUCGCACUAAAUCCUUUGAACAUUCUCGGCAUCAAUUUUCUCGGAAGACGCCUGAGCCUGUGUAUCACCAUGGGAUGUACGGCGCUAUUCUUUCUUCUCCUUAAUAUCUGCACCUCAAGCACAGGCAUGAUUGGGUUUCUCUUCAUGCUGCGUGCCUUGGUUUCAGCAAACUUCAACACCAUCUACAUUUACACAGCAGAGGUUUAUCCCACCACAAUGCGAGCCCUGGGUAUGGGAACAAGUGGGUCAUUGUGCCGUGUUGGAGCUAUGGUGGCCCCAUUUAUAUCACAAGUCCUUAUGAGUGCUUCCUUCAUUGGGGCCCUGUGUCUUUUCUCAUCUGUGUGCGUUGUGUGUGCAAUCUCUGCGUUCACACUGCCCAUCGAGACCAAGGGCAGGGCACUGCAGUCUUACCUGUAUAAACCAGAAGACCACGGGCUAAAUAAUCCACAUUCUUUAGCAGCCUAG